UUGUCUCUGCUAAAUGUUAAUAUAAUUUAUCUUUAUAAUAAUUUCACUUUAUAAAAAACACCUUCAUGAAAUUCAGAGAUGUAAAAAGCUGAUAUAGUCCACCUUUAAAACAUUAACAAGAAAAGAAGAAAACUAAAUAUUGCUAAGAGUUGUGGUCAGGAAGUGUCAAUAAUGACAGGAAGUGCAAACAGUCUUAAAGAGUCAUCAGUUCACAGACUGUGACAGUCGAGAUCGAGAACAAGAAAGAAGUGAGACAGAGAAGCACGAUGGAUGAAUUCAGAUGGAUUCAGAUGUUUUUAUGUCUGAUGCUGAUGAUUCAGAUUGCAGUAGUAUCAGAAAAUGAAACCUCCAUUUUUAUGAAAGUUGGAGAUGACGUCACUCUGCCUUGUCUAAAUGUGAUAGAUAAGCAGAAUAACUGUAAUGGUACCACUUGGCUCUUGGGUUCAAGAAACAAAACAACAGAGCUGAUCAAACUUGGACGGAUUGGUGAAGAAGCCGAAACUAAAUCAGACAGACUGAGUGUUACAGCGAACUGUUCUCUGGUUCUAAAGAACGUCACAGUUGAGGAUGUUGGUUUUUAUUACUGUAUACAAUACAAAUCAGAAGAAGCACAUGUUCAGGAUGCUCGGGAACGUGAGGCACUGGUUGUUCUCUCUGUCAUUACUGUAACUGAACAUGAGCACACUGAUCAGUUCAUUUUAACCUGCUCUGUGUCGACAUCUGAUGAGUGUCAUCACACAGUGAAGUGGCGCAUUAAGGGUCAAUAUGUGGACAAAGGUAACAAACAAACAGUGACUGCACAAACUGACUGCUCCACCACUCUGUCCUUUCUGGAGUCUCGCAAUAUUUACCCAUCAAGAUAUAACAUAGUGUGUGAAGUAACGGAUACUGAUACAGGAAAAAUGCAGCAGUUCACCUUCAAGCAUCAGCUCUUGGCAGUUGAGGAAACAGAUUUUUCUGUAUCUUCAAGGUUCAUUAUUGUCUCUGUGGGCUUAGCAGCACUUUCAAUAGCUGCUGUGACAGUCAACACAUGGACAAGAACUAAAGGGAACAAAACACAGAUGGAUAAAGUUGCCGUGCAUUUUAAUAAAGAAGAGGAUUAUGAUUCAAUAAAAUAAUAAGCAUCCGAAUCUCUGCUGUUUCUAUCAGAUUGUGCUGAUCAACAUCAACUCAACAGAAAAACUACUGUUGUGGUGGACCACUAGAGGGCUCCACUCACACCCAGUGUUGA